UAUAGCGCCUGCAUCGUCGCGAGGUGUUGAGAUGUCGCUUUCUGGCUAGCUAAAAACAAAACAAACCCAAGAAGAGCAAAACAGUGAAUUUUGAUGAUGGCUGCAGAUUAUAUGCGACAAAAACUAACAUCAUUUACUGAAGCUGUGUUUCCAGUUAGAGGGGUUAGAGAUCAAAGGCAGCACCAUCUAUUAAGACCCGGUAAUGAGAUAGUCACUAGCCUGCCACUACAGAUGGCGUUAUACUUCAACGUUUUCUUCUUUCCUUUCUGGAUCAUAACCUGCAUUGUUAUGCUGGACCUCAAGUUCUUGUACCUGCAAGAGAUCAACCAGUUCAUCUACAUCACAGUAUACGUCAUCAUGUCUGGAACAGAAGUUAUGAGACUGUAUCUUGGUUACCUUGGCAAUCUUCAAGAACGUGUUCCUGAGCUGGCUGGCUUCUGGCUCCUGACAUUAGUUCUUCAGCUUCCACUCUGCGCAUUUAUACUGCUUAUUGGUUCAAUGCCGUUUCCUGUAGAACGUGCCGUCCACAUUGUGUUCCUGGGUUUUGUGGUCUUUGAGGUCAUAAUUGGUUACAUCGCUCUCAAAGUGAUGUCCAACCACCAAGUAAUGAAGUUCCAUCUGCAACAGUUUGAUGAUGUCAUAGAAAUGCAGAACGGUCAUCCUUACUCAGAGACCGAUCCAUUGACAUGAAGCAUUUAAUAGAACUUAGGCCAAUCUUGCAGAUGCCCCAAGGAAGGUCCCUCCAGAGAAACAUGCAGUAAAGAAGAGGUUUUAUGGGGGUUGUAGAAAGAGUGCAUUUGUAGCUUGGUGUUUAAAAUGCUUGCCUUUCAGUCCCAGGAGCGCUUUCUUUACCUAGGAUAUUACCUGGUAUAUGGUAUUUGUGUGUAGUCGAAGAGUAUAGAAACAGGAAGAGAGUAUAGUCCCAUUUGUAAAUAACUCAGUCACCUCGUUACAAUGGAAAAUCAUGAUGGAGUUGUGCGCCAACUAUGUACAAGUUUACUGGAAGUGCGGUCCACUUCAAUGGUAUGAUAAUACCAUCCUCUACGAAAGUGCUUUAUCAUGUGGAAAACAGAAAAACAAAAAAUGGUGCAGUACUGGGUAAUAAAAGCAUAAAAAUGACAGCGGGCAUCCUCCAAUAGCUGCGUAAAGUAUAGUUUUGUUUACACUUACAACAAGUGUACAGUACUAGAGUCUCUUGCUGUUUUCUGUACUCUUUGGCGCAGUGUACUCCCCUGGAAGGGAAAUGUUGCACUUCGUGCCACUUUGCCAAGUUAUGGAUCCAAAGAGUAAUGUUUAGUUUAGAAUUGACGCCAUAUAAAUUCUGGAAGUUAUAUUCAUCCAAAAAGAAAUACAGAUCAUCUAGAAAUUGUCAAAACACAAAACAACCUGAGUAAGCUCAUAAUGUUGCUGCAACAGAGUCAGUGUUGACUUGGACAGCCCUGAAACCUGUCGUAUCAAAGAUAACUUGUAAUUUGAUUGCCAAUCCCUAAUAUUGUGGUUUAAGCACAAUCUGGGCCAUACUAAGCCAUAAAACCACUCCUGUGAAUCCUGCCAGGGAUUUUUUGUUCCUGGUCCCUGACCAAUGUUCUGGUUGGGAGCCACUGCUCAAUAGAGUUAAUCAACAAAGACAAAAUGUGACUGUAAAUAUUACACUAUUUUAUUUGUAAAUAAUAAAGCAUUACAUUUUCGAAAUAAAAUGGUUCAAAUUGGUAUAUGCUUUUAGAAAAAAAUAUGGUAACUGGUCUUUUACAACAAUUCUACAUAAUUACAAUACAAUGCCUUCAUUUGCACUAAAGGUAAUUUUUAAAUACAUUCUAAAAAUAUGGGAAGAAUAUUAAUUGAACAUCACUAACUAAAGAUUGUGUAUGAGUAAAAUGCAUGCUUUACCUGUACAAAAAAUAUUACAGUAUAAUAAAUAAUGUUAAAAUAACUAAUAAAAAUAAUAAUUAUUAUAAAAAUUCCCAUAUUAUCUUAUAAUAAGUAAUGUAGAUUAAUGACUAGAACAGUUUGAAUAUCAAAUCAGGGAAUUGAAAAGGACAAUACAGUAGUUUAAAUUUUUAUUCCACACUACUAAAGAGGCUUUAUAAACCAGUGGUAAAAAAAAAACAAAAAAAA